GUUUUCUUUCUUUUUCAGUCCCCCUCCUCGGAAGUAUAGACGCGUUUGUCUAUAUUCCGUUCGUUUUCUUUUAUAAUAUAUGCAUUAAUCCCCUUAAUUUCAUUCUACACAAUGGAGGCGAAGAUGGAAUUGUAGUCAUGCCUCGAUUCGACCUGAUUUUGUAUUUGAUCUCAGUUUAAUGGACCGGAUGAUCUCCGAGUCGGACUGCGUUUCCCACCGCCUUGCAGGGGAGGUUGCUGUAUCCAGUGGGGAGGUAGGCUUUUCCUGGGUUCGUGAUGAAGUUUGCCGAACCCACGGAAGGCCAGAAGCUGUCUUUUCUUCUGGAAAAGGCUGCUUCUAGGGAAGCCGAGCUGUGGAGGAGCUAUGUGCCUAAGAAACCAGCCAACCAGGAUACAGAUAUUUCCCCUGUCCAGCGUGACGAGGCCGUGCGGUGGCUCACUGACGUGCACUGGUGCUUGAAGCUUUAUCCCGAAACCCUCGGUUUGGCUAUCUCCAUCCUCGACCGCUUCCUCUCCACCAUAAAGGCUCGUCCCAAGUACCUGCGUUGCAUUGCUAUCACCUGUUUUUUCCUGGCAGCUAAGACAAGUGAAGAGGAUGAGCGUAUCCCUGCACUUAGAGAGCUGAUCAACAGCAGUGCUUGUGGAUGUACUCCUUCAGAGGUGUUGAGGAUGGAGAGGAUCAUUCUGGAUAAACUCAGCUGGAACCUGCAUGCAGCCACUCCACUUGAAUUCCUGCACAUUUUCCACGCAAUGGUGUUCAGCUGCAAGGCUGUGAGUUCGGGCGUGUUAUUGGGUCUGAAUCGAUCACAGCACCUUGCCCUGCUCACUCAGGAGCUGUUGCACUGCCUUUCCCAUAGUGCACUGCUGCAGGAGCGUGGCUCCAUGUUGGCCCUCGCUCUCGUCACGCUGCAGCUGGAAAAGCUCUGUCCUGAUUGGCUCGCUCUUGCUGCCGACCUGCUGCGCAAAGUUCAGAUUGACAGCUCCAAGCUGAUCGGCUGCCGAGAGCUAGUGGCACGCUGUCUCUCCACACACACGGCAUCCCUGCCUCCCAACACUGUGUACGUCUGCCACCCACUGCAAACCCCCCACGACCCUUGUGCGACCAUUCACCCCAUUCUACCUACUCUGCCACUGCGCAGGAAGCUCUCGUCCAAGCGCAAGGUGGAGCAGAUGGAUGUGGACGAAUACUUUGAUGGCAUCAAGCGUCUCUACAAUGAGGAGGAGCCAGGAGGAGGGAGUGGGUCUACUACAGGGUACAUGUCCAUAGAGGGUGAUUCCUCGCCAUGUCCUGCCCUUCAGCCUGUCACCGUAUCCUAGCAACGCGCUUGGGGUUGAAAUGGGGCCAGACCGCAGUUACGACAGCAUCCCGUAUUCUUCAGAGCAGAACAGAGCUAAAACACACACAUGAAAUAUUCUGCAGUUCUUUCAUAACUAUCUCUCUGUCAGGUCUAAUCACAAGUUCAUAAAAUGUGGAAAAAAUACUCCCAAGCCCACUCAUACAAAAACACCUGUCUUUGUCUAUCACUAGCGUAUGUCUCGCAUAUAUCUGUGAAUAAUUUAGAUCUAACUUUAUCUGUAUUUAUCUGUUUUCCCCUGCACGCUGUAUCUGAGUGCUGUUUAAAUCUUUUUUAUUUCUUGUCUGAGUGCAUAACACCUGAAUGUUAAAUUUAAUUAAAGAUGAUAUUUUUAAUGCCAUGGCUUAAAAAGCUGGAAUUAAGAUAACAUUUUGAGAAUUUAUUUUUUUAACUACACAUUUCUUUCUUUCUCUCAUUCUGUUGUUCUGUUUUGGCUGUUUUUUGUUGUUGUUUUUUUUUUUUCUUUUCAUGUCUUGGCCAUUUAGGUGUGUGUGAGAGGUUGAACAUUAGAGGUUGAUAAUAUCCCUAUCACUUCUGUUAAAAGAGCAUUAAUGAAGAAUUCAUGUGAACACACCAUCCAAUCACAUGUGGCACAAGAGACAAAAGUUUUAGUGUUCGUUUUAAAAGAUAAUGUAUCUGUAGGUACACUUUAACAAAAAAUGUUGAAAAAAAUUUACAAAACCUGUUGAAAUGGCAAAAAAAGCUUUAGACUAUUACCAUUCUGUUUUCUCUGAUAAUCUUUUAUCUCUGGCUCUGUCCUUCUCUGAAGAAAGAAGGGAUGCCCACACUGCUGAAACAUCACCAUAAAGGUUCAAAUAAAUGGAAACUGUAACACA